AUGAAUGGUCCACAAAUCUUAACUAAGACAAGUGCAGAAGGAGUUGUGACACCCAAAGAAGAAGCUGAAUGGAAUGAUGAAGAUAAGAAAAAGGUGGAGCUGAAUGCUAAAGCUAUUAACAUGAUGCACUACUCAAUUAGUUUUGAGGAGUACCAGAAGGUAUCAAGGUGCAAAACAACAAAAGAGAUUUGGGAUAAACUCCAAAUCACAUAUGAGGGCAUAGAACAAGUGAAGGAAAUAAGGAUCGACAUGCUGAAAAAAGAAUAUGAGAUGUUUGAUAUAAUAGAAGGAGAAACAAUUGAUAAAAUGUUCGAGAGGUUCUCUGUCAUCAUCAAUAGCUUGGAUGCUAUGGGGAUGACUCACACCGAAUAA